AUGGAGGUCCUGGCCGGGGAGACCACAUUCCAGCAGGAGCGGCUGCAGGCCAUUGCAGAGAAACGGAAGAAGCAGGCGGAGAUUGAGAACAAGCGGCGGCAGCUGGAGGACGACCGGCGGCAGCUGCAGCAUCUGAAGUCCAAGGCGUUGCGGGAGCGAUGGCUGCUGGAGGGGACCCCGUCCUCGGCCUCGGAGGGGGACGAAGACAUGAGGAGGCAGAUGCAGGAGGAUGAGCAGAAGGCCCGGCACCUGGAGGAAUCCAUCUCCAGGCUGGAGCAGGAGAUCGAGGCGCUGGAGAACACAGACGCCCGCCCAGCCGCCGCCAAGGAGAACGUGGCAGCCCCCAGCCCGGCCAAGGAGACCCAGAAGGCAGAGGUGGUUCUGAAUUCUCAGCAGACCCCGGUGGGCACACCCAAAGCAGCGAAGUCAGUCUCCAACACCCCGUUGCGGACGGUGGAAGGCUCCACCAUGAUGAAGGCAGCCAUGUACUCGGUUGAGAUCACAGUGGAGAAGGACAAGGUGACCGGGGAGACCCGGGUGCUGUCCAGCACCACCUCGCUCCCUCGGGAGCCACUCCUUCAGGGCGUCAAGGUCUACGAGGACGAGACCAAAGUGGUCCACGCCGUGGACGGCACCGCGGUGAACGGGAUCCAGCCGCUGAGCUCCUCCGAGGUGGACGACCUCAUCCACAAGGCGGACGAAGUCACGCUGAGUGAGGCAGGGCCGGCGCCGGGGGCCGCGGAGGCCGGGGGCACGUCCGCGGAGGCCGGCCGGACCGCCACCCCCUCGCGGCGGGAGAUCACCGGCGUCCAGGCGCAGCCCGGUGAGGCCACGUCAGGCCCCCCGGGCAUCCAGCCCGGCCAGGAGCCCCCGGUCACCAUGAUCUUCAUGGGGUACCAGAACGUGGAGGAUGAGGCGGAGAGCCAGAAGGUGCUGGGGCUGCAGGACACCAUCACGGCGGAGCUGGUGGUCAUCGGGGACGAGGCCGAGCCCAAGGAGGCCGCCCCCCCCAACGGCAGUGCGGCCGAGCCCCCCGCCGCCGCGGGCGCCAGGGAGGAGAACCAGGUGGGGGCCGAGGCCCCUGCCGGCGACGCCCAGGACCUGGACACGAAGAAGCAGCGCUGCAAAUGCUGCUCCGUCAUGUGA